GUAUGAUGUGAGUCUGUAUAUAUAUCUAUUACAUAAUGUAUGUGUGGACACACAAGUCACAGUCCUCCUGUCAGAGGUCAGACAGUCAGUGUUCUCUCCCUCCAUCUUUGUGUUGGUGCUGGUGAUCAAACUCAGGUCCUCAGGCUUGUGUGCCCAGCAUCUUUACUUGCUGAGCCAUCUCCCCAGCCCUGUGCUGAACGUGGAAGUCACUCAUUAGCUAGGCUGUCUAGCCACUGAAAAAUGAGGUUGUGCCUUGCCCCCAGCCCCAACACUAGGAUUAUAAGCACUUGCCAAAUGUCUAGUUUUUUCUUCUUAUACUAUAGCCCAGGCUAGCCUCAAGCUUGCCAUCCUCAUGCCUCUUAGCUUCUUAGCAGCUAGGAUGAUGGCAUGUACCACCACAUCCGUCUUCAGGUCCUGCUCAAAAUAAAACAAAAGGAGAAGUGUGCAGCCCACCACCACCACCGCCUCCCACUGCACCUGCUAAAAAUAGUUGUAGCCUCCUCAGAGUGCAGAACCCAUGUGGGCUUCCGGGGGAGGCUGUGGCAGCCUACCAGUGUCAGCACUUUCCGGGUGCCUUGCUCCCCGCAGCGGAGGACAGGGAAUUUGAGAGACUCCUGGACAGAUGUCCCUGCUAGGCCCAGGAUACAGCUGGUGUACAAACCCAUUCUGCCCAGACCCACUCCAGAUCCAACAUCAGACUGGCCCGAAGGAGGACAGCAGGCAGCCAGAAAGUGUGACUGUCACAUCCAGAUAACAGUUCCAUAGUUCUUGUGUAUAGAGCGCCGACCGUAUGCCAGGAGGAGGACCAGCUAUGGAUGACUACAUGGAGACGCUGAAGGAUGAAGAGGAAGCCCUGUGGGAUAAUGUGGAAUGCAACCGGCACAUGCUGAGCCGCUACAUCAACCCCGCCAAGCUCACCCCCUACCUGCGCCAGUGCAAGGUCAUUGAUGAGCAAGAUGAAGAUGAGGUGCUCAAUGCGCCCAUGCUGCCAUCCAAGAUCAACCGUGCAGGCCGACUGUUAGACAUUCUUCACACCAAGGGACAAAGAGGCUAUGUGGUCUUCCUGGAGAGCCUGGAGUUUUACUACCCAGAACUUUACAAGCUGGUGACUGGAAAGGAGCCCACCCGGAGGUUCUCCACCAUUGUAGUGGAGGAAGGCCAUGAGGGCCUCACGCACUUCCUGAUGAAUGAGGUCAUCAAACUGCAGCAGCAAGUGAAAGCCAAGGACCUCCAGCGCUGUGAGCUGCUGGCCAAGUCCCGGCAGCUGGAGGAUGAGAAGAAGCAGCUGAGCCUGAUACGGGUGGAGUUGCUGACCUUCCAGGAGCGCUACUACAAGAUGAAGGAGGAGCGGGACAGCUACAAUGAUGAGCUGGUCAAGGUCAAGGACGACAACUACAACUUAGCCAUGCGCUACGCCCAGCUCAGUGAGGAGAAAAACAUGGCAGUGAUGAGGAGCCGUGACCUCCAACUCGAGAUCGACCAACUCAAACACCGACUGAACAAGAUGGAGGAGGAAUGCAAGCUGGAGAGAAAUCAGUCCCUCAAGCUCAAGAAUGACAUUGAGAACCGGCCCAAGAAGGAGCAGGUCCUGGAACUAGAACGGGAGAAUGAGAUGCUGAAGACCAAAAUCCAGGAGCUGCAGUCCAUCAUCCAGGCUGGCAAGCGCAGCCUCCCUGACUCAGACAAGGCCAUCUUGGACAUCCUGGAACAUGACCGGAAGGAGGCGCUAGAGGACCGGCAGGAACUGGUCAACAAAAUUUACAACCUACAAGAGGAAGUCCGCCAGGCGGAGGAGCUGCGAGACAAGUACCUGGAGGAGAAGGAAGACCUGGAACUCAAGUGCUCAACCCUGGGGAAGGACUGCGAAAUGUACAAGCACCGCAUGAACACAGUUAUGCUGCAGCUGGAGGAGGUGGAACGGGAGCGUGACCAGGCCUUCCACUCCCGAGAUGAGGCGCAGACACAGUACUCACAGUGCUUAAUCGAGAAGGACAAGUACCGGAAGCAGAUUCGUGAAUUGGAGGAGAAGAACGAUGAGAUGCGUAUUGAGAUGGUGCGGAGGGAGGCCUGCAUUGUCAACCUGGAGAGCAAGCUCCGGCGCCUGUCCAAGGACAAUGGCAGCCUUGACCAGAGUCUGCCUAGACACCUUCCAGCCACCAUUAUCUCACAAAACCUUGGAGACACCAGCCCCAGGACCAAUGGCCAAGAAGCUGAUGAUUCUUCAACCUCAGAGGAGUCUCCCGAAGACAGCAAGUACUUUCUGCCCUAUCACCCGCCUCGGCGCCGGAUGAACCUAAAGGGCAUCCAGCUGCAGAGAGCCAAAUCCCCCAUCAGCAUGAAGCAAGCAUCUGAGUUUCAAGUCAAGGGGCACGAAGAGGAUUUCACAGACGGCAGCCCCAGUUCCUCCCGCUCGCUACCUGUCACCAGCUCUUUCUCCAAAAUGCAACCCCAUCGGAGCCGCAGCAGUAUCAUGUCAAUCACCGCAGAGCCCCCGGGAAACGACUCCAUAGUCAGACGCUGCAAGGAAGAUGCGCCUCACCGGAGCACAGUGGAAGAAGACAACGAUAGCUGUGGGUUUGAUGCCUUAGAUCUUGACGAUGAAAAUCACGAACGUUACUCCUUCGGACCCCCCUCCAUCCACUCCUCCUCCUCUUCACACCAGUCAGAGGGACUGGAUGCCUAUGACCUGGAGCAGGUCAACCUCAUGUUCCGGAAGUUCUCUUUAGAAAGGCCUUUCCGGCCAUCGGUCACAUCUGGGGGUCACGUGCGAGGCACCGGGCCCUUGGUCCAGCACACAACUCUGAAUGGCGAUGGGCUCAUCACCCAGCUCACCCUUCUAGGCGGCAAUGCACGCGGGAGCUUCAUUCACUCUGUCAAGCCAGGCUCACUGGCUGAGAGGGCCGGACUGCGUGAGGGCCACCAACUCCUGCUGCUGGAAGGUUGCAUCCGAGGCGAAAGACAGAGCGUUCCAUUGGAUGCAUGCACAAAGGAAGAGGCCCGUUGGACCAUCCAGAGGUGCAGUGGCCCUGUCACCCUGCACUACAAGGUCAACCAUGAAGGAUACCGGAAGCUGCUGAAGGAGAUGGAGGAUGGGCUGAUCACAUCAGGGGAUUCGUUCUAUAUCCGCCUGAACCUGAACAUCUCCAGCCAGCUGGAUGCCUGCUCCAUGUCCCUGAAGUGUGACGAUGUGGUGCAUGUCCUAGACACCAUGUACCAGGACAGGCACGAGUGGCUGUGUGCACGAGUUGACCCCUUCACUGACCAAGACCUGGACACAGGCACCAUCCCCAGCUACAGCCGGGCUCAACAACUUCUCCUAGUGAAGCUCCAGAGGCUGGUUCACAGAGGCAACAGAGAAGAGGCAGACAGUGCUCACCACACCCUGCGCAGCCUCCGGAACACCCUGCAACCCGAAGAGACGCUUUCGACCAGUGACCCCCGGGUCAGCCCCCGCCUCUCCAGAGCGAGUUUCUUCUUCGGCCAGCUCCUGCAGUUUGUCAGCCGGUCAGAAAACAAGUACAAAAGAAUGAACAGCAAUGAGCGUGUGAGAAUCAUCUCUGGGAGUCCCCUGGGGAGCCUCUCCCGGUCCUCGCUGGAUGCCACCAAACUCCUGACAGAGAAGCACGAAGAACUGGACCCUGAGAAUGAGCUCAGCCGGAACCUCACCCUGAUCCCCUACAGCCUGGUGCGCGCCUUCCACUGUGAGCGUCGCCGACCUGUGCUCUUCACGCCCACCAUGCUGGCCAAGACGCUGGUGCAGAAGCUGCUCAACUCGGGGGGUGCCAUGGAGUUCACCAUCUGCAAGUCAGAUAUUGUCACAAGAGAUGAGUUCCUCCGAAAGCAGAAGACAGAGACCAUCAUCUACUCCCGGGAAAAGAACCCCAACACCUUUGAAUGCAUCGUCCCUGCCAACAUUGAGGCUGUUGCGGCCAAGAACAAACACUGCCUGCUGGAGGCUGGGAUCAGCUGCGUGCGCGACCUGAUCAAGUGCAAGGUGUACCCCAUAGUGCUGCUCAUCCGGGUGAGCGAGAAGAACAUCAAACGGUUCAGGAAGCUGCUGCCGCGGCCAGAAACAGAAGAGGAAUUCCUUCGAGUGUGCAGGCUCAAAGAGAAGGAGCUGGAGGCGCUGCCCUGCCUCUACGCCACCGUGGAAGCUGAAAUGUGGAGCAGUGUGGAGGAGCUGCUGCGCGUCCUCAAAGACAAGAUUGUAGAGGAACAGCGCAAGACCAUCUGGGUGGACGAGGACCAGCUGUGAGCUUGUCUGAGUCUAACCAGCGGGACACAGACACACGGAGGUCCUGAGCCCCUGGCAACAAAGUCACCAGAAACCGCCUGGUGGAAGGUCAGGCUCUGCUGGUGUGAACAGUGAUGAGCAAUCCCAGAGCUUGGGGCCCGAGGCCUCCCCGAGGCCAGAGCAGCAGUUGAAUGUAAACGCGUGGGACAGGGACGGGUAACUAACUACCUGCAGGCCUCCACAGCCAGAGUGGCUGCCAGCCCUAGAGGAAGCAUGCGUCCCAGGCAGGCUGGGUCUAGGGAGACAGGACUCCUCCUAUGCCGUUCUUUUUCUUGCAUUAAAAUGUCUCCAGUUUUCCGA